GGCACGUGACCCGCGGUGACGCCGCCGUGCCCCGGAGCCGACACUCGCCGGGGCCGCGGCGGGAGCGGAGCGGGAGCCGCCGCAGCAGGAGCCGGAGGGGGCCCGGCCGGCAGCUCUGAACAUCAACAGGAAAAUAACACUGAAACAGAAUGUCGCUUUCCUUUUGUCUGAAAAGGUGAAAUAUCUUCAGAUAGAAAUGGCUGAUAAGGGUGGGAAGAUGCUUCCAGGACAAUUUUACAUUCAAGUGGAGUAUGACUAUGAGUAUGAGGCCAAGGACAAGAAAAUUGUGAUCAAGCAAGGGGAAAAAUACAUCUUAGUGAAAAAGACUAAUGAUGAUUGGUGGCAAGUCAAAAGAGACGAAAAUUCCAAACCCUUUUAUGUGCCAGCUCAAUAUGUGAAGGAAAUACCCCGGAAAGCACUGAUGCCACCUGUGAAGCAGGCAAGCAUGUUGCCAAAUAACACCUUGAAGUUGACACAUGGAUUACAGAGAUCAACAGAAAAUGUGAAUAAGUCACCAGAGCUUUCUAGUUUUGGAAAAUGUUCUCCAGUUCAAGUGUCUUGCUUAGUUCGAGAUGCCAAUCAAAACCUGGGACCCAACAAUAGCCCCUGUCAGACUUUUGGGUUGAGUCUGGACCUUACCCAGAACAAUGGAAAACUUAACAAUGAGUUGCAAUCUCCCAAGGUUUCCAAUCAGUUUAGAACCAUUUCCAUGGGUCAUUUCCCAUGCCCAGAGUUCUUGGAAAUAGAGAAGACCAGCUUUUUGCAUGAACAGUCUUGUGAUUCAGCAGGAGAAGGCUCAGAAAAAAUUCACCAAGAUUCAGAGUCUGGAGAUGAACUCAGUAGCAGUUCCACAGAACAAGUGCAGCCAACUACUCCACCAAGCCAAGGGAGGCCUGAUUCACCUGUUUAUGCUAACUUACAAGAACUGAAAAUAUCUCAGUCUGCACUUCCACCUCUACCUACAAGUGCUCCAAUCCAAAUAAAUGGGGAAUGGGAAACCCAUAAAGAUACGACAGGACGCUGUUAUUACUACAACAGAGGAUCACAGGAGCGAACAUGGAAGCCUCCGCGGUGGGCCCGAGAUGCAAGCAUUAAUAAAGGGGAUUCCCAGAGCCAUGCAGAUCAUGAGCAUCUUUCAUCAGAAGAAAACGACCACAGUUCUUGUUACAGCCAGUCAGAUAGUCAGUAUGGUUCUCCUCCAAAGGGUUGGUCAGAAGAGUUGGAUGAACAUGGUCAAACCUUAUAUACCAAUGACUAUACUAAUGAAAAGUGGAUAAAACACGCAGAUGAACAAGGUAGACCAUACUACUACAGUGCUGAUGGUUCCAGGUCAGAGUGGGAGUUACCUAAGUAUAAUGCUUCACCACAGCAGCAGAGAGAUAUAAUAAAGAGUAGGAGUCUGGACAGGAGGCUACAGGAACCAAUAGUUCUAACAAAAUGGAGGCACAGCACAAUUGUGCUGGACACCAAUGACAAGGAAUUGUCAACUGCUUCUAAGGCCAGUUUUCCUGAAAAUGAAUCAUCUCCUUCUUCACCAAAGCAUCAAGCCACAGGUCAAGAAAAGUAUGGGUUAUUAAAUGUGACAAAAAUCACAGAAAAUGGGAAGAAAGUUCGAAAGAAUUGGAUGUCAUCAUGGGCAGUGUUACAAGGGUCAUCACUGCUGUUCACUAAAACCCAAGGAAGUGGAACUGGCUGGAAGUUUGGUGUUAAUCAGUCUAAGCCAGAAUUUACAGUGGAUCUCAAAGGGGCUUUGAUUGACUGGGCCUCGAAGGACAAAUCCAGCAAAAAGAAUGUUAUUGAGCUAAAAACCCGCCAAGGUACUGAGCUCUUAAUUCAAUCAGAUAAUGACAGCUUCAUUAAUGAGUGGUAUAAAGUUCUUAACUACACCAUCAACAAUCAGGUAAUAGAAUCUGAUGAAGCAUUAGAUGAUGAGGUACCAGAUUCCCCUGGAGUGGAAAAACAAGACAAAGAGAAAGAAAAUAAAGACUCUAAGAAGCUUCGUUCAGUGAAAGCACCCAGCAAUAUAGACUCCACAGAUCAGAAAAAGACCAAAACGAAGCUCAAGAAGUUUCUUACACGGCGCCCUACAUUACAAGCUGUCCGUGAAAAAGGCUACAUUAAGGAUCAAGUUUUUGGUUCAAAUCUCACCAGCUUGUGUCAAAGAGAAAACAGCACGGUGCCAAAGUUCGUGAAGCUGUGCAUUGAGCAUGUUGAGGAACAUGGAUUAGAUAUUGAUGGCUUAUACAGAGUUAGUGGCAAUCUUGCAGUGAUACAGAAGCUGAGAUUUGCAGUCAAUCAUGAUGAGAAGCUGGACUUGAAUGACAGUAAAUGGGAAGAUAUACAUGUCAUUACAGGAGCUCUAAAAAUGUUCUUCAGAGAAUUGCCAGAGCCACUGUUCACUUACAACCACUUCAAUGACUUUGUCAAUGCAAUUAAGCAAGAACCACGGCAGCGUGUCCCUGCUGUUAAAGAUUUAAUCAAACAGUUGCCAAAACCAAAUCAGGACACCAUGCAGGUACUCUUUAGACACCUGAAAAGAGUUGUAGAAAAUGGAGAAAAGAACCGAAUGACCUAUCAAAGUGUAGCAAUAGUUUUUGGUCCAACCUUAUUAAAACCAGAGAAAGAGACUGGUAACAUAGCAGUCCACACAGUAUACCAGAAUCAGAUUGUAGAGUUAAUUCUACUGGAAUUGAAUUCCAUCUUUGGACGCUGACAUUUUCCUUGGAGGAGAAACUGGAAGUGAUGGGUUGGCAGCAGUACUCCAUCAGAAGAAAAACCUCUUGCUGUAUAUGAUGUUUUAUGUUUGUGGACCAAGCAGCAACUUGUUUUUUUGCACUUUUGGGGAGGGGAGAAACAGGAGAAAUGUUUGACCACUUUAAUGCGAAUUAAAGACAACACUUCAGAUUUCUUUAAAAAGUUCAAUAUAAAAAAUUAAUUGAAAAGUUUCUAGUUUGCCUUUUUAAAGUAUCAUUGGAAAAAUCUAAUAUAGGUUCAUACACUGGAUAUCUUGGAGAGUAAAACUAAUAAUCUCAGACUGGAUAAUCUGGAAUUUAAUCUCAAAAUUCUUCCAUAUGAUGGGGAAAAUUCCUACCAUUUUUCCCAGUAUGGAAAAAUUCAGUGAAGUUACAUCUUAAGCUUGUUUAUUACAACCUACUUAGAUCUGUAUGACACUUUUCCAAGGGGUUUCUGCAUGCCUGAUUGUCCUAGACUUGUGCUAACAGUUUGGUUUAGUUAUUUAAAUCUAAUUCUUCCCUUGAUGUCUGCUGCCCUCUGUUCUUCUUUUUUUCCUGUUUUUCUGUUGUUGGGUUUUCUUGUUUUGGCUUUUUUUUUUUUUUUUUUUUUUGUGGGGCUUUUUUUUUGUUUUGUUUAUUUGUUUGUUGGAUUUUUUUUUUUUUUUACUUCUUUCUUUCUUCCUCUUUUUUCCCCCAGCAACCUCUCUGGAAGUUCUUUGCUGCUUCAUAGAGCAGCACACUAUUACACUAUUUCAAACACUGAACUUGUAAGAAUAUCCAGCUAUGGUUAUUUGUCGUGGGACAUAAUAGAAGUAAUAUUUAAUAAACAUGUUCAUUUUUUCAGGGUAUGUCCUGAGCUAAGUUUUGUGUUAUACUGAUCUAAAGCUAAAGUCCUAAGUAAAUACCUACUGUAACACUGUAUUGAGUUCUGGUUAAUGCUGUGGUAGUGGAAGUUCAUUCUUGGUGUAAAUACAGGCUGUCCUUUUGAUUCCUGUAUAUAAGUCAGUUCCUGUAUAGUUGAAGAACACUUUAGUCACACAUUUCUAAUCAUAGGUAGAUUAGCUACAGUAGCGUAAUGUUUCCAGUGGAUGUCUGGGUUUCAGCAGGGAAAGAGGUUGUGGGGAGGGAGGGAGAUCUAACUGUGUGCACUUUUAGAUGUUAAUUACAUUUGCGGGCAAAUAACUGUAAUGCAAAUGGUACUGGAGAAAUACUGAGUGUGCUUGCUAAAUUGUUAAUGCACUACAAGAAGAGCCUUUUAGAUUAUUUAAUAUGUACAGGAUACAUUAGAAAAAUGUAUUAUGAAUUCUAACAUCUGCAGAUAGUGAAAGUCAUGUUUUGAUAGAUAGAUGUUUGAUGGAAUCCACUAUGCUAAAUUUAAGAUUUUCUUUUUACAUUAAUGUAGAAUAAUUUGUAAAAUUGGUUUUGAAAGAUUUUGUUACAGGGAGCAUGGUCUGCUGAAGAUUUUUUUAAAUGUAUUUUUCUAGACUAACUGCUGUAUCUGACAUAUUUGUUAUGUCUAACCUGAAUAAAGAAAACCAAUAGUU